GAGGUGUUCAGUCACAACUAGAAAGCGUUACAUCCAACAUACAUAAACCAUCAAAGUAUUUCAGAGUUGAACUUUUUAUCUUCCAGUUGUCUAUUAAACCUCUGUUAUACAUACAUUGUUCUCAUACUCAACAUGGCACCACACGCUCAAGAACCACUCCCAGACACUGGUGUCGACCUGAUUCGACAUGACGGCACUGUUUACGGAGAUUGGCGCGAUGAUUUCCACCGCGACGGAUGCGCCAUUGUCAAAAACGUUAUUACCCCAGAGCGUGCGGAGUACUAUAAAAAGAAGCAGAUCGAGUGGCUUCAAUCAUUUGGCCGUGGCUUCGACCCAAAUGACGAAUCGACCUGGACCCAAGAACAUCUACCUGUCAGCUUCAAGGGUGGAAUGUACUUCGCAUACUCUAGCACACACGAAAAGUUCGUUUGGGAAGCAAGAACCGAGCCAAAAGUUCUUGAAACAUUCUCUAAACUUUGGGAAACCGAUGAACUGCUGUGCUCCUUUGAUGGAAUGAACAUCACAUUGCCACGACAGAAAGACCUUACAUGGAGCCCAUGGCCGCAUUGUGAUCAAAGCCCAGAACGUAAGGGCAUGCAAUGUGUUCAAGGGCUUUUGAAUUACCAGCCAAACGGAGACAAUGACGGCGGGUUGAUUUUGAUGAAAGGUAGUUCCAAGCUUUUUGAUGCUUUCUUCCGCGAGCAGCAGGAGCAGGACGACCACGAGGAUAAGCCGCCGGAGAGCGAGAAUUUCAAAGAUCUCUUCAUUUUCAAAGAGAAAGACGUGAAGUGGUUUGAAGACAGGGGCUGCAAGCUUGAGAAGGUCAACUUGGAACCCGGUGACUUGGUUCUUUGGGACUCGCGUACUAUGCAUUACGCAUGCUUUCCCCAGGGCGAGCGAAUUCGACAUGUCCAGUACAUCUGCAUGACCCCGGCCAAAUUCGCCAACAAGAAAGAUCUUGAACUGAAAGCGGAAAUGUUCAAAACGUGGCAAGGAACCACCCAUUGGCCACACUGCAAUAUCAGGAAGCAGGGCCCACCAAUGAGAGAUGGUGAAAUUGAUCCUCAGAAUCGCACAGAGCCAUUGGAGAAGCCCGAAGUUACAGACAGAAUUCUGCAAUUGGCGGCAGUCAAGGCCUAUUAG